AUUUGUGAUCUCUGUCUGUCAAAUAAAUAAAUAAAAUCUUUUAAAAAAGACAAGAAAUGGGAGAAUCUGACAGGAUCCCCAAACUUCCCUGAACUGUUGAGAAGCAGCAGAGCCUUGAGACGCUCCAUGGAUUUGGACUCCAGGAAUUUCAAGCAGCUGGGCUGGAUGCCUCUAGAUCCAGUUCAUCCUUCUCCCAGUUGUAGGAUUGUGUCCCAGUAGCUUUCUGAAGACAUUCCUCUUGUUCUAGAAAACUUUUUCUCCCCUCCGAUUUCCUUUUGCUACUUAGGGCCCCUCCUGGGACUGAGAGGAGUGAGUAAGAUAGAAGGGACCUGGGAUUUGUUCAUUAGCCUAAUGCAUUUGGCUGUCUGCCAGAGUUAGAUGAUAUGACCAGCGAGGAACCUGUAUGGUAAAAUGAUGGGGGUUUUGUACCAGUUUUUAGGAGGCACCUUAUGCCAUUGUUCCCUAUUUUCCAGACUAUAGUUUCUCAUCUAGACCCUCAGAAAUGAGCAAUGAAGAUCAAUUCCUACACUAAUACAAGCUCAGAAAGAGGUACUAUCAGGGUAAUGCAAGUGUUUAGGGUAUUGUGCUGGGAUAAUGAGAUAAAACAAAAGUUGCUCUGCUUUGAUCUGACUUGCCAGUAGGUUGUAUUUUCUCAUUUUUUUACCUGGUAAGUCCAUUGAAAUCCAUUUUGGGGUCUCCUGCCCAGAAAUCCUUGGCAUCCCUGCCUUUUGCCUCCCUGCUUCUCCAGAAGGGACUGAGGCAUUUUUCCUGAUCUAGGUUUAGGUCUAGAGAAAUCCUUAUGGUGACAGGGAUAUGAGGCAGGAAAAGCAGUAGCCACAAAGAGCAAUGGCCCUCCUUUGUCAGCAUGGGGCAAAGGUGAGGGGGAAAAGCCUGAGCCAGGAAGAGGUGGAUAAAUAUUUGUAAGCAUAUGUCCUUCACUGUUUUCAGAAGGGCCAACUUGUUUUGACUGCAGUGUAGAGAAGGUUAGCAUUCAGAUUAGAGAAGCACUGAGGAAAGGACGUGUUUGGAUCGUCUUAUCGUCUUGUUCCUCUGACUUGUUUCCUUCUGGAGCAGCAUAUUCUGUUUCAGACAUGUUUGGCCUCAGAUUCAUCACAAUACAAGUUGAGUUGCUUCUUUGCUACCUCCUGCUGUACCCUGUGGAUGUUAUUUCAUAUGGAAACCGGACAAAUAUUCCCUCAUCCUUGAGAUCCUGGCCACCUUCCUCAGACCUCUUGUCCUGCCAGACUCUGCUCCCAAAGUCCCUGCCUGGCUUUACUCACAUGCCUCCUCUACCCAAGUUCCUGGUAGCUCUGCCACUGGUGAUCGCCCUGGAGAAAGCUGGUUGCCAGGCUGAUGUCUGGACACUGCAACUUCAGCUGUACCGCCAGGGAGGUGUAAAAGCAACACAGAAACUCAUCCACCAUCUUCAAGAACUCCAGAAAAGCAGAAGCACCUUGAGGGCGGUUUCAGGGGAUGCCCUAUUCUCUGCUCUACAGUUUUUGGCCAGGGAACGAACAGGCCCACCAAGGGCCCGACGCUCCCCCCCUAUCAAUAACUGUGAGCAGAAGCAGGAGCAAGGUGUGUACAAUAUAGUCCGAUUGUUGCCACAAGUGGGAACCUUCUACAAUCUCGGCACAGCUUUGUAUUAUGCUGCUCAGAAUUGUCCAGACAAGGCCAAGGAACGAGGCCAAGAUGGAGUCGUAGAUAUGGGUUAUGACCUUCUGAUGACCAUGGCUGGAUUGUCCGGGGGACCCACAGGACUACUAAUCAGUGCUGCACUUAAACCUGCAGUGAAGGCUGGGAUUGAACAGUUGAUCCAGUAUUUCGAAGUGAAAGAGGCAAACACGGCUCUACCAGCGAUCAGCAGGGAGGUCUUGGGGGGGGCCUCAGGUGUGAGUGACCUGGAAGAAACAACCACCCGGGCCCUUUGGUCUUGGUUCAGCGGCCUGACUAGUACAGGACUUAUUUAAUGGCUAUGACUUAGAUCCUGGGAAUGGCAGUCUUGGGAUAUAAAAGCUGGUGAUCACAGAAUGAAUAAAUCUAAUAUUUUGACAAGCUGUAAUGCGUAUAUGUUCAAAAUCCAAAUCUCUGGCUGUUAUCAAGGAGGAAGGCAAUGCUGUAAAAUGCAGGAAUUUUUAAGUUUGGGGUUUGGAGUCCGAGGAUUUAGAUUUGAAUCCAGGCUCCCCUUGUAAGAACCUCAGUAAUCACUGACCAGUAACAACUUUUCUCCAAGCUCAAUUUUCAAAAUGUCUGUGAUUAUCAUUUUUCACCUGUAUGGGUUUUGUGGUAAUUAAAAACCAAACAAUGAACCUCAAGUUCUUAGCAAGGUACUAUCAAUAAAUAUGA